CAAGUGAAAGCCCUGGUGCAGUGCCAGAGUCUCCAGGGAGAAGCUCCCUGCAGGUGGCUGCCAGAAAUCCCACCAUGAUGAAGCCACCGAAGAACACCAGAGCUGAGGAGCAGGAUGGGGAGGACGUCGAGAGGAGGAAGAGGAGAAGGAAGGCGACCAAAAGGAAAAGAGAAGGGAAAGGCCUGGAAGAAGAGGGCUCCUUGUCCUGUGAUAUCAAACUGGACGAGUCUCUGGAUCGCACCCUGGAAGAUGGAGCCAAGCAGCACAACCUGACUGUGGUCAACGUGAGGAACAUCCUGCACGUGAGUGUGGGGGACUGGGAGCACUGGGGGCUCCUGGAUUCCUGGUUCUUGCUGUCCUGAUCUCUGCUAAUAAAUCUGUAAAGAGGGGAUCCCGUGAAUAAAUCUGUGAAGAUGGGAUCAUGUGGUGUCCGUGCCACUCACCUGGAUUUUCCAGCAGGAGAGGCUGAGCUAGAACAGAGGCUAGCCAGUGUUAAGGGAAUAAAGUAGGGAUUUAUUAGAGAGGCCUUCAAAGACCUAGAACAGAGGCUAGCCAGUGUUAAAGGAAUAAAGUAGGGGUUUAUUAGAGAGGCCUUCAAAGAAUGCACCUUGGGCAGUACAAGAGCCUGGCCAAGGCUCUACCCUGGGUUAUGAAUUUUCACACUUUUUAAAGUUUUGGU